AUGGUUAAGGAGAUCAUGUCCCUGCACAGGGAGCGCACGGACCUGCUCGCCGCCCUCACCCCCGGGGUCUCCGUCUGGAAGCGGCGAGGGCCAGGAGAAGAGGCCCUAGUCCGGAGGCUCGCCGGAAGGGACUACACGGCCCCCGUCCAGGGCCAGGUCAAGGAGAUGGAGACGGAAUCGGCCUCGACGGCGGAACAACUAGAGCUAGGGAGGUGCUUUGAUUCUAUCGUCCAGGACACGGGGGACCUGGGUCACCGGAUGCUGUCCAUGGCGUACGCUGUGGUCAAACCCGAUAAUGGUGCCGCCCUCUCCUCGUACAUGGCCGACGAGCUGGUUAACUCGACGUCCGCAUUAAUGCACGCCUGCAAGGAGCUGUACCAAGACACCACCGACGAUAAUGAGCAGGCGGCAGCAGAGGAGGAGCAGAAGAACACAUUAUUCUUGGAUCUCUGCGACAAGUUCCUGAGAGAACCCUUGAGCUACGAGAACGAGUUGGCGUUAGUGGUUACCAGGGAGGAGGUGGAGGAGUACGAGCAGGAGGUGGAGAAAAAGAAGAAAAUGAAGGAGGAGCUGCGUCAGCAGAGCAUGGCAUAUUGGAAGCAAUGGGAGGAGAGACAGAAGCAGAGGGAUAGGUACGAGAGGGAGAAGGAGAUGGGAAACGUGGAGGAGUAUGAGUUGAGGUGGGCGAAGGCAAAGGCGAAGGAGAAGGAGGAGAAGAAGAGGAGGGAGAAGGACCAGGAGGAGCAGAACAAGGAGGAGGCCACAAUGGAGUAUCUCAAGACGGGGAUGGAGGCGACCGGGGAAUUAUUCGCAGAUUAUCGGUUCGGUUGGGAAACCCGAUGCGGCAGCAAGGGUGUAAGGUGCGGCGGCUUCCGAGACACAACGACAUUGAGCCCUAUGCAUUUUACGCAUUACACACCCAAUACCAUCCGAUCCUCAUGUGGUGUCACUGGGAGCACCUUGCAGAUCUACUCCAUCAGAAUUCUUGAACUAAAAAGAGGAUUGAACUGGCCACUCAAACUGUACGGAGUGGUAGCUGCUCGAGACACGGUGGAUCGCAACCGCAACAUUGUCUUCUCUCGGUCAAGUCAUUACUCUCAAGAACUCAAUGAAGAUGGCUCUUCUUUAUGUCUGACUGGCCCGUCUCGUGCAAUUGUAGCUCUGGGCCCUGUUGACUUUGAAAUUGAACUGAAAAUAGAAGAGGGAGAGGAGUCCCAAGAGAAAGAAUUGAUCACUCUGAGCAAGCGGUAUGACGGUACAAGUACCUCCCUCAUGUUCGAGAACAGUUUGUGUGUAGCGGAGUUAAAAUUUAAGCAGAUUACUGAAGCGGUCCAGGCCACCGUCAUGGGUGUAUGCCUUGUUGAAGGGGACUGGCCUUUUGAACAUGGAUGCCGAGUUGCUUGCUUCUUAUCUGCUGCUGCAGAUGAAGUUGUGGCUGAUGCAGAUGAAUUUGUGUUGCUUGAUUGUCGCGGUGAUGAUGAAGAAGUGCGUGUAGGGUCAGACGGUUACCUUCAUCUGUCGAGGAAUGUUGUGUCGGUGCAAUCACAAGGAACAUUGGUAGUUGUCAUACGAACCUACUUGGAGUCCGGUCAGGCUGCUCAAGAUUCGAAGGUCGAAUUCCCUGCCAAGCUUUGCCAAACUAGUGAGAGUGAAUGUUCAGUUGGCAACAGUAAGGUGAAGAUCGUUGUUGCUUGGUCCCUCCUUGUCAAGGAGAAGCAGGACCUCCUGCUGGAUUGCCCAGCGGUAGAGCCUUGA